AUGAAGUCUUCACUGUGGAGCCUGUUGUUCUGCACCUCCCUGCUGCUCUCUGAUGUUCUGGCCACUUAUCACCUCAGUGCUGUGGAUCCUCAGGUGGUCGCUGCACAGAGCCACGCUCAGAGCAGAAACAAUGGUCGACCACCGACCAGGACCCUGAAUCCUGCAAAGACGGACUCCACGUGCAGGAGCCGCCUCUUGGACCUGGUCUUCAUCAUCGACAGCUCUCGCAGCGUUCGUCCUGGUGAGUUUGAGAAGGUCAAGAUCUUCCUGGCUGACAUGUUGGACACUCUGGAGGUGGGCCCGGAAGCCACCAGAGUGGCUGUGGUCAACUAUGCCAGCACCGUCAAGAUCGAGUUCCUGCUCAAAGACCACUUCAACAAACCUGACAUGAAGAAAGCCAUCUCCCGCAUCGGGCCCUUGGCGGCAGGGACCAUGACCGGCCUCGCCAUCAAAUCUGCAAUGAACGAGGCCUUCACCGAGCAGUCCGGAGCCCGGCCUCGCUCGAGGAACAUCUCCAAGGUGGCCAUCAUUGUGACGGACGGGAGGCCUCAGGACCAGGUGGAGGAGGUGUCAGCCUCAGCGCGGGCCUCUGGCAUCGAGAUCUACGCCGUCGGGGUGGACCGUGCAGACAUGCGCUCGCUGCAGCUGAUGGCCAGCACCCCCCUGGACGACCACGUGUUCUACGUGGAGACAUACGGCGUUAUUGAGAAGCUCACCUCCAAGUUCAGGGAGACCCUUUGCGGUCUGGACUCCUGCGCCAUGGGACACGAGUGCGAACACGUUUGUGUCAACAGCAACGUCUCCUAUUACUGCAAGUGUCGCGCCAGUUUCAUCCUGAACGCUGACAUGAAAACGUGUUCCCCGAAAGAGAUGAAGGUGGAGGUGGUGGAGGUGGAUCCCUGUAAAUGCGAGUCCAGACUGGCCUUCCAGAAGCAGACGCAGGCGGCCAUCCAGCUGCUCACAGCCAAGCUGGCGGAUGUGUCUGGGAGAAUUCAGCAUCUGGAGAACGCGGUGGGCCGUGCAUGAAGCUGGACACAGAGCUAACCGGGUUGUUUCCUGUCAGAGCCACAGAUCAGCCCGGACUUCUGCUUCCUGUCGUCCACCAUCCCGUAACAACAACAACCACAAGUCGAGUGAAGGGAUUCACAAACCAGGAUCCCUCAAACUUCCCUUGUGUUACAGCUGUCAACGAUGUCCACAACUGAUCUGGGAUGCUUUAUGAACUGUCAAUGAAAUGUAUUGAAACUGCUGUAAAAGCAACAUAUUGGAUUUUCUCUUAACACCAGUAUGAACAUGCUGUGAUGCUAAAUAACCCCAAAAAACGAAUAUUACAUUAAUUUGUCCUCCUGUACUGUAUCGUGUAAGUUGUACGUCUUGUUUGUGCAUAUUGUACAUAGAGGUUAUUUGUGGAAAUGUCUAAUUGUGAUUAAUGUAGUGAUUCGAUUUUAAUAGGAAAUUACAGUUUACUCAGAGGCAGAAAAGUGUCUUACAUUUAUGUAUUUUUACACAUUUACUUUAUAACAAACAUAUAUAUGUUGUAUGAACGCUAUGAGAUCUAUAAAUGUAAUAAAAUUGACAGAUUGGACAAUAAAAUAAUCAAACUAA